CCUCCGCGGCUCCGCCGAAUAUCCGCCGCGCUGCCUCCCCCUUCUGCUUCUGCUGCUGCUGCUGCUGCUGCUAUCCAUCCUCUCCACCUCGCUUCCGCUCGUUCCUCCUCCUCCCCCACCUGGCUGCCACCCCCACCGGACCGUACUCGAAGCGCCCGCGGGAGACGCCGCACCGGCGGUCACUCCGGCCUGCGAGGCCAUCAGAAAUUGCUGCAGCGGGAAGAUAAAAGGAUAUGAAAAUGGCACAUCUGGUAACUAACUGUAGUUUUAGCCCUUCGCCUGCAGUGAAGCCAUACGCGAGAUCUUCUGGCUAUUGCUGCAAUGUCGCCCAAUUCCAGAGCUUAAAAUGUUCCAAUGUGGUGCUCAAAUCAUGUCCGGCGAGACCGAGGAAGGCAUUUGCCGCUCGUGCUAGCGCUGUUGUGCAGGGGCAGACAGGAAAGACACAGACACCACUUACUGGGAACGAGCAAGCAUCUGGGCACUCGUCCUCUAGACCUAAAAAGGUCAUGGUUAUCGGCGGAGAUGGCUACUGCGGCUGGGCAACCGCUCUUCAUCUCUCCAACAAAGGCUAUGAGGUUGCUAUUGUGGAUAAUCUUGUGCGACGCCUUUUUGAUCACCAGCUUGGCCUGGAUUCCCUCACGCCCAUAGCCUCCAUCCAGAAUCGCAUCCGUCGGUGGAAGUCUCUCACCGGAAAGACGAUUCAGCUCUAUGUCGGUGAUAUAUGCGACUUUGAAUUCCUUUCAGAGGCCUUCAAGUCUUUUGAGCCAGAUUCUGCUGUUCACUUUGGUGAGCAGAGAUCAGCACCAUAUUCUAUGAUUGAUCGUUCCCGUGCAGUAUUCACUCAGCACAACAAUGUUAUUGGAACUCUUAAUGUAUUGUUUGCCAUUAAGGAGUUCAGUGAAGAAUGCCAUCUGGUCAAACUGGGAACCAUGGGUGAGUAUGGAACUCCAAAUAUUGACAUUGAAGAAGGGUUCAUCACUAUUACUCACAAUGGAAGAACUGAUACAUUGCCUUACCCAAAGCAAGCAAGCUCCUUCUACCAUCUAAGCAAAGUGCAUGACUCGCACAAUAUCGCAUUUACAUGCAAGGCUUGGGGUAUAAGGGCCACAGAUCUUAACCAAGGUGUUGUAUAUGGGGUCAGAACAGAUGAAACUGCAAUGCAUGAAGAACUAUCCAACAGGUUUGAUUAUGAUGGCAUCUUUGGGACAGCACUGAAUAGGUUCUGUGUUCAGGCUGCUGUAGGGCAUCCACUUACAGUUUACGGAAAGGGUGGCCAGACCCGUGGAUAUCUGGACAUCAGGGAUACCGUGCAAUGCGUAGAGCUAGCCAUCGCCAACCCAGCCAAACCAGGUGAAUUCAGGGUCUUCAACCAGUUCACCGAGCAAUUCUCGGUGAACGAGCUGGCCAAGCUGGUCACCGCCGCGGGAGCGAAGCUUGGGCUGGAGGUGCAGGCCAAGUCGGUGCCCAACCCGCGGGUGGAGGCCGAGGAGCACUACUACAACGCCAAGCACACCAAGCUCAUGGAGCUCGGCCUGGAGCCCCACCUGCUGUCGGACUCCCUGCUCGACUCGCUGCUCAACUUCGCCGUGCAGUACAAGGACCGGGUCGACGCGGCGCAGAUCAUGCCCAACGUGUCGUGGAAGAAGAUGAGCGCGAAGCCGAAGACGGUGUCCGUCUAGGAGGAGGCUGUUGCUGCUGCUGGUGUUGGUUUUCCAUGGCGGAGCAGUAUAAUGUCAACCAGGACAUUGACAUUAUAAUUUGGUGUGUAGUAAUGCAAUAAUUAAUGUGCGUUCAGUAUGCUGCACGCUGUAGUGAGUUUGGUUACGGUGUUAGAUUUCUUCUUCUUUUUUUUUUUUUACCUUUACCCCCCAC